AUGGCCGAGUCUUCGCCUUUGCUAGCCUCCUUUCAGGAGAACCGUGAUGAAUUCCCCAGCAUUCUUCAUGGCAAAAAGGUCUUGCUGGCCACUGAGUCAUGGGGUCCGGUCAACGGUGUGAGUCGCACAACGCGCAGCCUGGUCGAGUACCUGCGCGAUCACGGCGUGGAACUCAUUUUGGUCGCACCUCACUUCAAAGGGGAUACCUCAAAACAAAAGGUGGACUGGGAGCAUCGUCUUCCCGGGUGCGCCUUGCCCUACAACCCAGAUUUGACCGUCGUCUACCCUUUCCAAAUCAAUGAGGUCUACCAGCAGACCUUUCAACCAGAUAUCAUCUACUUGGCGAGCCCAGCCUCACUUGGCUUUCAGAUGCUCUUGCAAAUUCGCCAGCUGCGGUCACCCCCACCAGUGCUGCUCAACUUCCAGACUGAUCUGUCCGCCUACUCGGAGAUCAUGCUCCCAACUCCCUUGGAUCAAUUCGGGGUCUGGCUGUUGGCCACGGUUCAAGGGUUCUUGUUCCGGACGCGUGCCGUGCACACCAUCUUUUACCCCUGCUCGGCCAUUCGAGGGUACCUAGAACGCGCCGGUGCGCCAAUCGAUCGAUUGGUCCAGCUGGGUCGCGGCGUCGAUACCGUCUUGUUUACACCCACGCAUCGAGACGAGGCAUAUCGCCGCGAGAUCGCCCCGAAUGGAGAGAUCAUUCUCAUCUGUGUCUGCCGAAUCGCCCCGGAGAAAGGAUUCGAGUUUCUCGCGCAGGUCGCGACGCGCUUGGCCGCGGAGAAAGUGCCUUUCAAGCUGCUGAUCGUGGGAGGCAACCGCAAUCCCGUGGUUGAGAACAAGGUCAAGCGGUUGUUUGACGGGGUCCGGAAUCAAGUCGUCUUCACCGGGUUCCUCACCGGAGUUGCCCUAGCUCGUGCCUAUGCCUCGGCCGAUCUGUUCUUGCACUGCUCCAUUACCGAGACCUUUGGACUGGUCGUCCUCGAAGCCAUGGCCAGUGGCAUUCCGGUGAUUGCGCGCGAUCAGGGUGGUCCUUCUGACAUUAUCCGUCAUGAUCAGACCGGGUAUCUGGUUGCACCGCACGAUCUCGACCGAUUCACGGAUUUGACGCGCGAGGUGGCCCAAGACUCCGCCCGACUGGAAAGACUUGCGACGGCUGCCCGUCAAUAUGCGGAUGAUACCACCUGGGAGAAGAUCAACCGUCGAGCGGCGUGGCAGAUUGCCGAUGCCUUGACGCAUACCGAUCAGGAAUCGCAUGGGCCACGGACACCACUUCGACCGGGGAUCAUUGGCUCGACCAUGGAGCACGUUCGCCUGGCGUUUGCAGUGGGCAUCGUCUAUGUGAUGUGGUUGAUCGCGGUGGUCCCGUUGAUCGUCCAUGGACAUCGCUUUAUCCCUCGGGCGUGGCAGGCGCUGCGAAAUCAGUUCCAAUAUACUCGACCACUCCGCAGUUGA